AGCCGUCAGCCGCUCGAUCGUUUAACAGCCCUAUAUUUUCGGUAUCCUAAUCCGCCCUCCCUCUCUGACUUGUGUUUCGUACGUAUCCUCACUCUCACCGUCUCACCCCUCUUCUCUUCGGGCAGCGACGCAAUCAGCGACGAUGCCCCCGGCUGCCAUCAGCAAUCGCCUCUGCCCUCCUCACCGACUGCCACCAGGCACGAACAAUUUCUAAUUUUUGAUAUUAUGGAAAAGGACGGCUAUUUGAUUUCAUGAAGGGGUUCUAAUGUGCGUCAAAAUGUCCAAGAUUUAGGGGCAGCACAGGCAGCUAGCACAAUGCACUGCCAACUAGAACAAACACCAGGGAGAAUCAAACUCCAUAGUUUCAUCAACUUAGAAGCAGGACCUGUCGUUUAUUUUCAGUUCACUCUAGUGUUUAAGCAGUUGUUAAAUGAGAGUCUCAAGAAUUUGCAAGACAUCAUUGCUCUACCAAUCCUCUAAAUUCCACACUUCAUCUCAACACAAGCUACUUCAAACUACAUACACUCCCACAAAACCAACCCCCCCAAAUCCAAAAGGCCUCCACAAUCUUCUCUUCCACCUCAAACAAUGCCUCUCCUUCAACGAUCUUCGUCAACUUCAUGCCAACAUUUUCAAGUCUCACUUCUUUAACAACGUUUUUUUGUUAACCCGUCUAGCCCACGCUUACCUCAAUCUUGAUCACAUUCACUUUGCUGUGAUAAUUCUCAUGAAAAUGAUGAAAAACCCGCCUGUUUUUCUUUGGAAUGAGACCAUUAAAGGGCAUGCGAGAAAUGGGUUUUAUAAGGAAGCUAUUGAUCUUUAUUAUAGUAUGGUUGAUGGUGGGUAUAAGUCCAAUGAGUUCACGUUUACGUUUGUUUUGCCGGCUUGUGCUGGUUUAAAAUCAAUGCAUGAUGGGCGGAGAGUUCAUGGCGAUAUUGUUGCUGGGAGAUAUGAGUCUAACAUGUUUGUUGCAACUGCACUUAUUGACAUGUAUGUGAAGAGUGGGGAAUUGAAGUUGGCAGAGAAGGUGUUUGAUGGAUUGAAAAACAGAGGGACCGCGAGCUAUAAUGCCAUGAUUACCGGGUAUGUAUUGAAUGAUGAGUUUAACAAGGCUUUGUCCCUAUUUAAUCAUAUGCUGGCCUCAGGAUUACCAACUGAUGCAGUAACACUGGUUGGUAUCCUCCAGGCAUGUGCUUCUUUGGGUGCUUUGCAACAGGGAAGGUGGGUACAUGAACAACUAGUAAGGGUCCGGAUGGAAAUUAAUGUCUACUUAGGUGCAGCUCUAAUAAAUAUGUAUGCUAGAUGUGGUAGCAUCAAUGAGGCUCAACGAGUUUUUGAGCAAAUGCCACAAAGGGAUCUUGUCACUUGGACAGCCAUCAUAUGUGGCUCUGGGAUGCAUGGCCUUGCCCACUUGGCUGAAUCACUCUUCCUUCGCAUGAUCGGUGUUGGAAUAAGACCUGAUGCAGUGACUUUUGUUGGGAUCUUGGCAGGUUUUAGCCACAGGGGAAUGGUUGAAAAGGGUUGGCAGUACUUUAACAAAAUGUCUAUGGAGUACCACAUAAAGCCGGUUUUGGAGCAUUAUAGUUGCAUUGUGGACAUGCUUGGCAGGGCCGGGAGGCUUGAUGAAGCUGAAGAACUUGUGAGGAAAAUGGUGAUAAAGCCUGAUUGUAGCAUAUGGGGUGGCUUGCUAAAUGCAUGCAAGAUCCAUAGAAAUGUCGAGAUGGCUGAAAGAAUUGUGGAGGAAAUUUUGAGACUGGAACCCAUAAAUGCUGGAUGGUAUGUGCUCAUGUCAAAUAUCUAUGCCACUGCUGGGAAAUGGGACCAGGUAGCCAAGAUGAGGCACUUGGUGAAAGAGAGAAAAUUGGCAAAGUCACCUGGGUGGAGUUCAAUUGAAAUUGGAGGGCAAAUUCAUAGUUUUCUUGUGUUUGAUCACUCACAUCCAAGGUCUACGGAGAUAUAUGAAUUUCUGAAGGAGCUAAAAGAGAAGAUGAUAAAAGAGGGGUACAUUGCUGAGACAAGUUCUGUAUUGCAAAAAGUUGAUGAGGAAUCAAAGGAGGACAUGUUAUGUGGGCACAGUGAAAGACUAGCAAUUGCAUUCGGUAUCUUAAACACGAAGGAAGGGGAUGUGUUGAGGAUAAUGAAGAACUUGAGGGUUUGUGUGGAUUGCCAUAAUGCAACUAAGUUUAUAUCUAAAAUAAUGAAAAGGGAGAUCAUUGUUAGAGAUGUAAAAAGAUUCCAUCAUUUUAAGGAUGGUGUGUGCAGCUGUGGAGAUUAUUGGUGAUGGAGGCUUGAGCAAAUUCAAUUGCUAGUUGUCGACCUAGAUACAACAUUCUUAUUGGGGACCAUUUUCAGCAUGCCAUCCAGGAAGAGCUGGAUAAUUUUGCCAGGAAAUGCCCUCACCACUUUAUCGUUUACCAUGUUCUGAAUCAGUACAACCUAUGCCACCAGAAUGAUGGGGUCCAUAUCCAAGGAGAUGAUUCAAUCAUAUUGCCCUUCAUGACGCCUGAGUUUCAGGUAGAAUCCUCUCUCUCUCACACACGCACACGCACACGCAAUCCAGCCUGACAAAUUUGGAACAACAAAGCCAUGGCUGCUUAUCUUGAUGCUCUGGGAUACACUUCCCUGAUGCAGAUCUAGUUCUGCGCCUCUGUUGGUCUCUUCUGUGUUAUGUCUCUGUUAAUAUCAACAUGAGAAUGUAUUGGUUCUUCACAAUAUUGUGCCUACAGGCCUUUAGUAACCUAGAAGAGUAGAUCUGACUUGCUUGCUAUAGUUCAAAGAUUACAGGUUGUAUGAUACAUAAUGUUUGCCCAACUGAUAACGACUAUUUAUCCUUUGUGCAAUUCACCAUUCCAUCGAUGAGAUUCAACAUCUGACUUGUU